CUCAUGAUUACCCGGCUUCUUCCCUACAGUGACCAAGAUUGAUGCGACCUAGAUUUUUCUACUCUGUUGUACUCUUACACUGAUUACAAGAUGCAUCGUCUCAAGUUAUUGUUAAUUUUCUGUCUACCGAAUCUCGUCUCCGCCGGAUGGAAGCUGAAGAGCCCAUUUCGCCAAAAGAAUUACGGAUGCCGCUCAGCAACUGGCAGCUCAUCACACUCUACCAUCAUAGCAGGAGCAAAUAAUAUCGGAAUUGUCGCUGGGGACAUGGGCAAUGGCAAUGCCUUGAAAUGCUCAACAGCCCAAGCCCACAGAAUUAACAAUACUAUUAAGAACAUGCACGAGUAUGCUGGAGCUGCAUACUCUUUUCUUAGUCAACCCGGAGCCGAGAGAUCUGCUGCAUUCGUUGCGUGGUUCGGAGCGGGGAACGCGGACGUUCACGGCCUGACAAAAAUACGCAGUAUAUUCAGGAAUAUCUACGGCUUAGGGUCAACAAGCAAUCACUAUAUUCGAGAUAUGGAAAACUUAGGCCAGACUGUUGGUAUUGCCUGUCAGACUCUACACCAUCCCGGCCCUUGCCACAAGCAAGGUAUUCUAGCUUAUGCUACGCCCACAACGGGACAGGUAUUCGUAUGCCCAGUCUCCUUUAUUCGAGACCAAUAUUAUCUGUCAGAUGAAUCGGAUCGGGCUACACGCUCGCUGUGGGCACGAUCUCGAGCCUUUCUACCAACCGGCGCGCUUACCUUGCUUCACGAAAUGACGCAUUUACAAGUAAUGUCUGGACCGUGUAACAUUAUAGACCAUGCUUAUUUAGUACAACAAUGUAUUACCUUGGAUGACGAGAAAACUGUUAGUAACGCUCAGAACUAUAUGUUCUUUGCACUAGAAGUAAUCAGUAAUCCUGCAAAUGCACGCAAACAAGUCGACUGGAAUGCGGGUAAUAGAUGGCAAGAUGCUGUAGGAAAGCUACGUGCAGAUGUUCGUGGCCAGCCUGAGACAGAGGGCAAGCUUCUGGUUGCCGUAGGUGGGAGUAAUGGCCCGCAUCAGAGUCAUGACCCGUAUCAGAGUCAUGACCAGUAUGGAAGUAUCAACCCGUAUCCGUAUGGGAGUAAUAGCCCGUCUGGGGCUCAUGAUUUCAUAGAGUGGUUAUUUGGGGCGUAAUAUAGAAAAACGGCUUAACUAUCCAUGUGUAAGAUAGACUAGUUACACAGAUAGGAAUAUGUAUGUAUAGGUAGUUCAAACGAAAGGCU